AUGGGCGGAACCCUCAAGGCUAGGGGAGCCGGGGGCAGCAGCGGCUGCGGGGGCCCGAAGGGGAAGAAGAAGAACGGAAAGAACAGAGGGAGCAAAGCCAACAACCCCCCAUAUCUGCCCCCCGAGGCUGAAGAUGGAAACAUCGAAUAUAAACUGAAGCUGGUGAAUCCAUCCCAGUACCGCUUUGAGCACCUGGUGACACAGAUGAAGUGGCGGCUCCAGGAGGGCCGUGGUGAGGCAGUCUACCAGAUUGGGGUGGAGGACAAUGGGCUGCUGGUGGGGCUGGCUGAGGAGGAGAUGCGGGCCUCCCUCAAGACCCUGCACCGGAUGGCAGAGAAGGUUGGGGCAGACAUCACAGUUCUCCGGGAGCGAGAAGUGGAUUAUGAUAGCGACGUGCCCCGAAAGAUCACUGAGGUGCUGGUACGAAAGGUCCCUGACAACCAGCAGUUUCUGGACCUUCGUGUGGCUGUCCUGGGGAACGUGGACUCGGGGAAGUCUACUCUGCUUGGAGUCCUGACCCAAGGAGAGCUGGACAAUGGCCGGGGCCGAGCUCGGCUCAACCUGUUCCGCCACCUGCAUGAGAUUCAGUCUGGCCGGACCUCCAGCAUCAGCUUCGAGAUCCUGGGCUUUAACAGCAAGGGAGAGGUGGUGAAUUACAGUGACUCACGGACGGCAGAAGAGAUCUGUGAGAGCAGCUCCAAGAUGAUCACCUUCAUCGACCUGGCCGGCCACCACAAGUACCUACACACCACCAUCUUUGGCCUCACCUCGUACUGCCCUGACUGCGCCCUGCUCCUCGUUAGUGCUAACACUGGGAUUGCCGGCACAACACGGGAACAUCUGGGGCUGGCCCUGGCCCUGAAAGUGCCCUUCUUCGUCGUGGUCAGCAAGGUGGACCUGUGUGCCAAGACCACAGUGGAGAGGACGGUUCGCCAGCUAGAGCGGGUCCUGAAGCAGCCCGGCUGCCACAAAGUCCCCAUGCUGGUCAUCUCUGAGGAUGAUGCCGUCACUGCCGCCCAGCAGUUUGCCCAGUCACCCAAUGUCACCCCAAUCUUCACCCUGUCCAGUGUGUCUGGAGAGAGUUUGGACCUGCUCAAAGUCUUUCUGAAUAUCCUGCCACCGCUCACCAACAGCAAAGAGCAGGAGGAACUCAUGCAGCAGCUGACAGAGUUUCAGGUGGAUGAAAUCUACACAGUACCAGAGGUGGGCACAGUUGUUGGAGGGACACUUUCCAGUGGGAUUUGCCGUGAGGGUGACCAGCUGGUGGUGGGCCCCACGGACGAUGGCUGCUUCCUGGAGCUGAGAGUAUGCAGCAUCCAGCGCAACCGCUCUGCCUGCCGUGUUCUGCGAGCUGGUCAGGCUGCUACACUGGCCCUCGGAGACUUUGACCGUGCGCUCCUCCGAAAGGGCAUGGUGAUGGUGAGCCCCGAGAUGAAUCCCACCAUCUGCUCAGUGUUCGAGGCAGAAAUAGUCCUCCUGUUCCAUGCCACCACAUUCCGGCGAGGCUUCCAAGUUACCGUCCACGUGGGCAAUGUCCGCCAGACGGCAGUGGUGGAAAAGAUCCAUGCCAAGGACAAGCUGCGGACAGGGGAGAAGGCAGUGGUACGUUUCCGCUUCCUGAAACACCCAGAGUACCUGAAGGUGGGCGCCAAGCUGCUGUUCCGGGAGGGCGUCACCAAGGGCAUCGGCCAUGUCACUGAUGUGCAAGCCAUUGCAGCAGGAGAAGCCCAGGCCAACGUGGGCUUCUGA